UGCAACCCCUCCCCCCUAAUUCUCCGGUCUGGCUCCCCCAAGAGAUGAUCAUGUACAAGUGGAGCUGCAAGAAACAUCAAGCCGAUCAGCUAGAAGAGCUAGGCUAGCUAAUACUCUACCAUCCCAAUUCAGUCAGUCCUUCUCCAACUUUUUUUUUGGAAGGAAGAGUUCAUCUCCAAUUCUCCAUGCAAGCCAUAAGCAAUGGGCCAGCGCCGCGGCGCAAUUGGCUGUCGCCGCCGGUCAUGCUCAGCGCCUGCCUCGCCCUCCUCGGCGCCGGCGGGUCGCUCCUCAUCCGCGUCUACUUCGUCCACGGCGGGCAGCGCCUGUGGCUUUCCACCAUGAUCCAGGUGUCCGGCUGGCCGCUCCUCCUCCCGCCCCUGUGCGUCUCCCUGCUACUCCGCAGCCGCAGGGACGGCGUCGGCGGCGUCGCCGACCGCCUCCUCCCGCCCCGCCUCGUCGGCGCCGUGGCCGUCCUCGGGGUGCUCUACGCCGCGGCGUGCUUCGCCUACUCGCUGGGCUUGCAGGCCCUGCCCCUGUCCACAUCUUCGCUGCUCCUGGCGACGCAGCUCGCCUUCAACGCCAUCGCCGCGGUCCUGUUCGCGGGGCUCCGGUUCACGCCCUUCUCGGCCAACGCGGUCGUCCUGCUCACAGUCGGCCCGGCGGCGCUCGGGGUCGGGCCGUCGUCCGACAAGCUAGCGGGCGAAGGCUCGGCUACGGCGUACUGGACGGGAUUCUUCGAGUGCGUGGCCGCGGCUGCGCUGCUGGGGCUCGUGCUGCCGCUCGUCGAGGUCGCCAUGUCGAGGUACGGGUGCCGGCGGAGCGGCUGCGCCGCGAGGGUGCCUUCGUCGUACGCAACGGUGAUGCAGAUACAGGCCGUGAUGGGCGUGGCCGGCACCACGGUGUGCCUGGCCGGCAUGGCCAUCUCGGGGGACUUCCAGGCGAUGCCUAGGGAGGCGGCCGCGUUCGGGCUCGGCGAGACCAACUACUACCUGCUGCUCGUCGUCGGGGCCGUCUCGUGGCAGCUCUGCAACCUGGGGAUCAUGGGGCUCAUCGUCUGCUCCUCGUCGCUCCUCGCCGGCAUCAUGAUCGCGCUCGUCCUCCCGCUCACGGAGGUCCUUGCCGUCGUCUUCCUCCACGAGGAGUUCGAUGGGGUGAAGGGCAUCGCGUUGGUGCUCUCGCUCUGGGGCUUCGUCUCCUACCUCUACGGCGAGAGCGCGGAGAAAACGGCGGAGGCGAGGAGAAGUGGGGACCUGGAUUCGCCAACCUGCUACUCCUUGAUGACUUGAUGGCAACUUGUAGGUUAAAGAAUCUGUCCACCCUGUCCAAAUAGACACCCAACAAAUUGCGCAGCUCAAGCAUGUGGCAGGUACAAACGCACCCGCCCCAUACUGUGCUGUGAAUGCGAUGGUGAGGUGCUACAGUAGCUCCCCUGAUCUGCAGCUAAGUGCAUCUAAGAAAGAAAUUGUUUUUUUAGGGGGAUCUAAGAAAGAAAUUGUUUGCUUA